GCCGCCAUCGGGCCCCGCCCGGCCAUGCAGCGGGAGGUGACAUUCCAGGAGGUGACAUUCCAGGAGGUGACAUUCGAGGACGUGGCCGUGUAUUUCUCCCCCGAGGAGUGGGCGCAGCUGGCGCCCUGGCAGCGGGCUCUGCACCGACAGGUCAUGUGCGACAACUACGACCUGGUGGCCAGCCUGAGGGACCCCAACUCCAAGUUCAGCCACGUGAAGGAGGAGUCACACGGGGGGGUUCCCUGCGCUGGGGGGCACAGCGGAGCUCCCGACACCAUUGACAGGGCAGGUGCCUGGAGCGGGCGUGACAGCAAGGAUGACACCGGGGGACGCUGGGACCCGCGGGCCGAUGUCCCCCGCUCCUGCCGGCGUGCCACCGAGCCGGGGGGCUGUGCCAGGGCCCGGCCCCGGCGGCCGCCGGCGGUGUCGGGGCUCCUCAUGUGCGGGCCGAGCUGCGGGGCCGGUGCCGCGCUCCGGGCGCCCCCGGGCCGGCCGUACCUGUGCGGUACCUGCGGCAAAACCUUCCGGCACCGCCGCAGCCUCCUGGCUCACAAGAAGCUGCGGGGAGGGGCCCGGGCCCGGCACGACUGUCCCGACUGCGGCCGCUCCUUCUGCCUGCGCGGGGACCUCCUGCGGCACCGGGACGUGCACCGGGCGCGGCCCCCGCUCCGCCGCCACCGGCGCUUCCCGGGCGCGGCGGGGCCGAGCGAGGAGCGGCCGUUCGAGUGCGGGCGCUGCGGGCGCCGCUUCAGCUGGAGGGAGAGCCUGGAGCUUCACCUGCGGGGCCACGGCCGCCCCCAGCGCGCCCACCCGUGCCCCGAGUGCGGGCGAGUGUUCCCGCACCGCGGGCACCUGUGGCUGCACCGCCGGGCGCACUCGGCACUGCGGCCCUUCCCCUGCCCCCGCUGCGGCCGCGCCUUCGCCUCCCGGGCCAACCUCAGCAGCCACCGCAGAACGCGCCGGCACUGCCGGGCCCGCGGGCAGGGACCCCCGGGGGACAGGGGCAGGGACAAGGACAGGGACCCCCCAGGGGACAGGGACCCUCCAGGGGACAGGGACCCCCCAGGAGACAGGGACCCCCGAGGGGACAGGGACCCCCCAGGGGACAGGGACAGGGACAAGGACAGGGACCCCCGAGGGGACAGGGACAAGGACAGGGACCCCCGAGGGGACAGGGACCCCCCAGGGGACAGGGAUAGGGACCCCCCAGUGGACAGGGAUCCCCACAGGGACAGAGACCCCCGAGGGGACGGGGACAGAGACCCCCCAGGGGACAGGCACCUCAGCAGGGAUAGGGCCGUGCUUGGGGACAGGGACCCCCGAGGGGACAGGGACCUCCCGGCGGGUGACCAGCAGUAGCCGAGGUACCGUCCCGGUGCUCCGGUGGAUGUGACCUCGCUCCUGGGACCCCGGGACUCCUCCGUGUCCCUUCAGAGCUGGGGACCCCCCGGGAUGUGUCUCCGUGUUCCCUUUGGCUCUUAAAGCGUCUGCGAUGUUCCCCCGGGUCCCUCCGGAGCGUGCGAAAUCCCUCCGGGACGCUCCUCCAUGUGCCUUUCCCACCUCGGAAAACCUCUCCAGGACAAUUCUCCGUGUCCCUUUGGACCUUGGAAUGUCCCCCAGCGCUCCCAGACCCAGGGAAAUCCCUCUGGGACGGUUCUCCGUGAUUUUCUCCGUGAGAAAAUCCCCCAGGGAUGUUUCCCUGUGUCCACUGUGACCCCGAGGUAUCUUCGGACCUUGGAAAAUCCCCCAGGGAUGUUUCUCCGUGUUCUCUUCAGACACUGAAGUGCCUUUGGAUCCUGGAAUGUCCCUCCAGGCGUUUCCCAGUCCCUGCCAGUCCCACCGGGGCCCUGCCCCGUGCUCGUGUUUAAACUCAGACCUUUAUUUAUUUAUUUUUUUUCUAUGUAAUUUAUCAUUCUUUUUUAUUAUUUCUGUUUUGUUUUGUUCAAGUUAUUCCAGUUGUUCGCUUCUGCUUCCUGCUCCAUUCUGUUCUCCCUAUUCCAUUCAAUUCUAUUUAUUUCUAUCCUAUUUAAUCUCUUUAAUUAGGAGGGGGGGCUGUGAGGGUUCGAUUUUCUCGGAGCCUGAGGGAGUUGCAGCCUGUCAGCGGCUGAUCUGUUCCCGAGGAGGAGUUUGUGGGAGUUCUCUCGCUCAGGGACGAUCUUUGUAAACAAUUUUGCACUCUGAAAACAGCCCCGGAACUGCCGGCAGUGUGGUUCUCUCCGGUCCCACCGGUGGGGCCGGGGGUGCCGAUCCCUUCCUGUGGAACCCGGAACGUAAAACCCCAGAAAAACCCCAGAAAAACCCCAAAGGUCACAAAAUAAAACCCCUGUUCCUAAGAGCGCGUUCCGGUGAG